CUCUUUACUUCGGAAACCAUCAUUCAGAAAGUGAAACUAAAGUUUUGCUGGAGCUCAAACAGUGAAAAUGGAUUCACUAGCUGAAUAUUAUCAUAACUGUCCCAUGUGCCGUGAAAUCUUUAAGGCUCCUGUUCUUUUAUCAUGUAGUCACACUUUCUGUAAAGAGUGUCUUCAAAAGUUCUGGAGAACCAAGGAAACUCAAGAGUGUCCUCUCUGCAGGAGAAGAUCCUCAAGAGAUGAUCCUCCAUGUAACCGUGUGUUAAAAAACUUGUGUGAGUCAUUUCUGAAGGAGAGAAAUGAGAGGCAUUCAUCAGGAUCUGAGGAGAUCUGCAGUUUACACAGUGAGAAACUCAAACUCUUCUGUCUGGAGGACAAACAGCCUGUGUGUUUAGUGUGCAGAGAUUCACAACAACACGACAAUCAUAAAUUCAGACCAAUAAGUGAACUGGUUUCAUCAUACAAGGAAGAGCUCAAAACAGCUCUGAAGUCCUUACAAGGGAAACUUAAAUACAAAGAAAACAUUAAAGGAAAAUUUGAAGAAAUGGUUCAACACAUCAUGUCUGAAGCUGAGCACACAGAGCGUCAGAUUAAACAGCAGUUUGAGAAGCUUCAUCAGUUUCUCAGAGAUGAAGAAGAAGCUACAAUCACUGCACUGAGGGAGGAAGAGGAGCAGAAGAAGAAGAUGAUGAAGGAGAAGCUGGAGGAGAUCAACAGACACAUCUCAGCUCUUUCACACACAAUCAAAGACACGGAGGAGAUGAUGGAAGACAAUGACGUCUGCUUUCUAAAGAAGUUUCCAGUCUCAAUGGAAAGAGUCCAGAUCUCAUCACAGCCAGAUCCACAGAUGCCUUCUGGAGCUUUGAUUCAUGUGCCACGUUACUUGGGCAACCUGCCCUUCAGAGUCUGGAAGAAGAUGCAGGACAUCGUCCAAAAUACUCCUGUGAUUCUGGAUCCAAAAACUGCAAAUCCAUGGCUCGUCCUGUCUGAUGAUCUGACCAGUGUGAGAUAUGGGAACAAACAACCGCUUCCUCAUAAUCCAGAGAGAUUUGACUAUUAUUCUUGUGUUCUGGGCUCAGAGGGUUUUAACUCAGGAACACACAGCUGGGAUGUGGAGGUUAAAGAGAGUCGAUGCUGGAGUCUUGGAGUAACUACUGCAUCAAACCAAAGGAAGGGAUGCGAUUUCUUUGACACUGAUGUCUGGAGUGUGGAGCAUGGUUCUUCUGUAAGGUCUGGAUUUCAUCUUGAGCAGAACCUUAAGCAUGUGAGAGCAUAUCUGGACUAUGACAGAGGAACAGUUUCAUUCUCUGAUCCUGUAACUAACAGACAUCUACACACAUAUGCAACCACCUUCACUGACACUGUCUUUCCAUUCUUCUGUUGUUAUAGUUUAUUCCCUCUGAGGAUUUUACCACUGAAUAUUCAGUAAUCGUUACAACUGUAGGUCUAGAUCUUCCUGCUUUCAUCAAGUUUUCAAUAUUUAAUCCAUAUCACAUGAGUAAGAGUGCUGUUGAUCUGAAUAUCAGUAUGGCUGUGAUUGGGCCGCAGCUGAUCAUGUGACUGAUAUCUGAUCACAUGACUGAUAUCCAGCAGUACAGACACACUCUCAAAUCACUGUUAGACAACAGAUUAGAUCAGAUCAUUUCAAUCUACUUAAUGAUUUUAACUGUAAAAAUAAAUAAAUAAAAAUCUUCAUUAUAAUAACCCUUCCCUCAUCAGCUUUACUUACUGAGUUUAUCUGACCUGACCGGCAUACACUGCCCGAUUUUGAGCCGAAUUCUGACUCGUGCGACUCUAAAAUUUGCGACAAUAAAUUGUGGUCGCCUCUCGUAAGAGUAUCGCACAGUUGAAGCAGAGCUACGAACCGAUUGCCCUGAACUCAGUGCUUUUUCCCUCACCGCUCCUGCACAAAAACAGAAAUUAAACCAUUUCAUCUUUAAUGUAGCAAGAAAGAAAACGAAAAGAGGAAGAUCUUUAUAAGUUCAGUCGCUAUCAAAUAGCUGCAAUUUAGUAUACUGCUGCUUACCUCCAGUUCACAUUGCAGAAUGGACAAAACAUAUGUUAACGGCUUCCAAGCCAACUGCACGUCUAUAUACUCUGACUCCUCUUUUAUUAAUUUACUUA